AAGACCAGGAGGAGACGCACAACAUGCAUCCAUGUCGGGAUCUCCACCUCCACCGCGCCGUCUCGGCAUCGGCGUUGCUCCUCUUCUCUGCCUCCAUCAUCCUCUCGGCCGUCCCUGCAGCCAGAGCCCAGCAGGAAACCGAGCACGAGGAGGAGUUCAGCUACUCGCUGGACGCGGAGAACGGGCCGGCGCACUGGGGCGAGAUCAAGGAGGAGUGGUCGGCGUGCGGCAAGGGGGAGAUUCAGUCGCCCAUCGACCUCGCCGGCCCGCGCGUGACCCUGGUGCGCCGCCUCGGCCACCUCAACCACUCCUACGCCCCCGCCAACGCCUCCAUCGUCAACCGCGGACACGACAUCAUGGUACGGUUCGAGGGCGACGCCGGGAGCGUGUCCAUCGACGGCACGGCGUACCACCUCCGGCAGCUGCACUGGCAUGCGCCCACGGAGCACAGCGUCAACGGUCGCAGGUACGACAUGGAGCUGCACAUGGUGCACCAGAGCGCCCAGGGAAAGGCCGCUGUCAUCGGCGUCUUGUACGAGAUCGGCGCCCGCGACGCCUUACUGCACAAGCUGGAGCCAUACCUGGAGAUGAUCGCCAAGCAGAGGGACAGGCAGGAGAAGGUGGGCGUGGUGGACGCCAGGGGGGCGCGCGGCAGGGCCAGCGUGUACUACCGCUACGUGGGCUCCCUCACCACCCCACCCUGCACCCAAGGGGUCAUAUGGACCAUCGUCAAGCGGGUUCGCACAGUGUCGAAGCACCAGCUGGAGCUUCUCCGGGAGGCCGUCCACGACGAAAUGGAGAAGAACGCGAGGCCCCGUCAGGAACUCAAUAGUAGAGACAUCAGCAUGUUCUGGCCUAUCCAGCACAAUAGAAAUUGA